CGCCAACGUUGCUCGACGAGGUUUUGAAAAGUGUCUGCUAUUCCCCCUCUGAACAAAGCCAAAAUGAAGGCGCCCACAUGAAAAUCCGCGAAUGACUCUAGGCGUAGCAGCCACCAGAAUGCGCCGCUAUUGUGACGUCGGUGUGAGUCAUGUGUUACUUGCACCAGCAAGGCCCCUGCUCUAACACUGAGUCACUUACCCUGGAAAAAUGGCGGCAGUAAUAUUAUCACCCUCGAUGUCAAAAGUGGUCAUCCCCUGGUAGUAGCCGAACCACACCAAAGCGGCGAAAUUGGCGGUCACGAUGACAACGAUGAACAGCAGGCGCAACGCCGACCCCCACUCGUCGCGGGCGGGCUGAGGGAGAUCUCGUGUUCGCAGCAUCUUCAGCUCUAUGCUGUCCGAAGAUGAAGAGGACUCCUCCCCACCCAGUUUUGGCCCUGUAGUUCUGAGGUGUGUCGUCUCGCCUACGGGUGUCUUGGGUGCCGUAGCAAAACCCGUGGCUAAGCUCCAGUCAGCUCCCGACUUGUUUGUUGACUGAACACUUGCUUUGUUCUUGGAAUGGGACCACGUCUUGGCGCGUUUCUUUCGGUGCUUUGACUUUCUUUCAGAUGCUGGGGUGCCUUGGUGUUUAGGUGUAUGCCAUCUGGAGGCCUUGCUAGAUUUCGCGGCAGCCAUCUUGGUUUUGGGUAAGGCCACUACUGAGUCUGGUGGACCUUGCGGAAGAAACGGAACAUCAAAAGGGACGCCAGGCUUAUUUUGCUGGCUGGCUGAAGAUUUUCGACGCUGGGGACGCCUUUCAAAUAGUACAGGUGCAGGAGGAGAGCAGCGAUGAGGAAGUUGCCGACGAAGACGACGCGGAAGAGAAGAUGGAGGAGGACGAUCCCCCCGGCAAGGAGACGGCACCGCGCUCCUGGAAGGUGCUCAUCACCAGGGAGGGCGGUCUGCAGCACACAGACUCUGAACACGUGUACCUGAUCGACCACGCCUGGACCUGCCGUCCCCAGCAGGCGCGGCAGCAGCUGCGGGACAUCCCCCGCCUGCUGCACCGCAUGGCCCAGCUCAUGGACCUGGAUGAAACCCUGGACCCCGACACCCUGGUGGACGCCGUCUUCGCCAGCAUGUGGCGCUACAACCAGACGUACAGCGUGUGCGGGCCCCUCACCACCACCGAGGACUCCGUGCCCGUCUGGUACAUCAUGGAUGAGUUUGGCUCCCGCAUCCAGCACUGCAGCGAGAGCCCCUCCUUCCGCUGCGUGCCCUUCUACUACAUGGCCCAGCGAGAGUCCUACAGCGUGCUGUACCCGGUCAAGGACGUCGCCUGCGGAGAGGAGGCCACCCGCAACUUUGCCGAGGGCCCCCCCUGCGACCCCCUGACCCGGGCGGCCCUCCUGCUGCCCUGGGAACCCUGCGACCUCACCCACGUCGACUGCAACCAGGCUGAGCCCAGCGAGGAGUUCCUCAGGAGCGGCCGCAAGGAGGAGUCACUGCCGGACACUUCGGUGGCGUUUGGGCCCGUGCCGACGGACCGCAAGCUCAAGGUGUUCUCCGAGUAUCGCUACGUCAACGAGCACCUGACACACCCUUCGUUCGAGCUGACGGACGACGAGCGGGAGGCUGACAUCCUCUGGUACAACUACCACUUCAAGAACUAUGGAGAGCUGAGCAGAGAAGGGGGCUGGAAGCGAGUGAACCAGUUCCCUUUUGAGCACGUGCUCACGGUGAAGGACCUGCUGGCGCUGGUGUGCCGCCGGGACGCCCAGGGUGGCCCCACGGUAGACCCGGCCACCCUGGCCACCCUCCCUGCCUGGCUCCCCACCACGUACAACCUGAAGACCGAGCUGCCCCAGUUUGUCUCCUACUUCCAGCAGAGGCAGGACAGGGGCCUGGACAACCACUGGAUCUGCAAGCCGUGGAACCUGGCCCGGAGCCUGGACACCCACGUCACCGACAACCUCCACUACAUCCUGAGGUUACCCUCCACCGGACCUAAGGUGGCCUGCAAGUACAUCACGGACCCGGUGCUCUUCCCGAGGGGUGGAGUGGGCCUCGUCAAGUUUGACUUCCGCUACGUGGUCCUUCUGUUGAGUGUGCAGCCCCUCAGGCUCUUCGCCUACCGCAACUUCUGGCUGCGCUUUGCAAACAAGCCGUUUGCCCUCGCUGACUUCGAUGACUACGAGAAGCACUUCACCGUGAUGAACUACACAGAGUCGGGGCCCCAACAGGUUACGUGUGCAGAGUUCACGGGGCAGUUUGACAGCACUUAUCCCUCUCAUCCUUGGGCCAGCAUCCAGGCAGAGGUGUUCCGGGUGCUGAGGCGCGUCUUCGAGCUGGCCUCCAGUCGGCCUCCCCCCGGAGGCCUCUGUCCGAGUCCCCAGUCCAGGGCCAUGUACGCGGUGGACCUCAUGCUGGAGUGGGACAGGACCGACCCAGGUGCUCCGAAGAUGCAGCCCAAACUGCUGGAAGUGAACUGGGCGCCAGACUGCCAGCGGGCCUGCCAGUUCUACCCAAACUUCUUCGACGAACUCUUUGCCGCCAUGUUCCUGGACCAGGCGGAGCAGAGCCCCAGCUUCAUCCCCCUAUAGCGCCUUCAACGCACAAACCUCAUCCGGGUCGUUUUUCUGGGCCGUCCGAGCAGACUGCCGGCUCGUCGGUCAUGCGCGCGCGCACUCUUUUACUUUUUGUUGAGCGGGGAGACGUUCGGGUUGUUAACCGGACACUGCCGUGGUGCAGGUUGGCAGCACGUGCGUCGGGAAAAGGGAGUGUGUGGCGAGUGUACUUACGACGCGGUGCUUUGGGCGCGUCUCCGAUGGGCUCGAAUUCCGCGUCCUUAAAAGCGGUCCCUCGUUUUCCGCCCAGCGACGCGAGUCGUUGCCACCUCGAGACAACCUUCGACGUGGGAAGGCAAAUGCGCCGGUCGAAGAUGCCUUCCGAGCAUCUUAGUUAAGGUGCCACAUGGCAACGGAAGGAGCUUCUCUUGUGUGUCGGGUGCACUCUUGGUGACAGAACGGCGUUCCCGGCACGUGUUUGUUUUAAGUGUGGCGAAGAAAUGGCUUCGCUACAUUUGGCACUGGUGUAACCGGAUCUCUUACACUUCCUUUUCAUCAUCGAGCACAAUCUUUUUUUUUUUUCGUUUAUUUUAAAAUGUUGAAGGACUGCCCAGCUCGAAUUUCAGCAGAGAUUGGGUGCGACAAAGGCGCACCCAAUGUGCGUAGUUACAACUGUGCGUAGUUAAAAUGCUUCUCGGGCUUGGGUGUUUGCAACAAGCGG